AUGGGUGGACAUAUCAGUGUUGUUACCCUCACUGUACAUGUUAAACCUACACCUGAACUCACAUCAAGCCUUACAGGAGCUGCACUGGUGGGAAACCCAGUGACUCUGCACUGUAAGCUGGACCAGUCUGCUGGAUGGAGCUUUUACUGGUCCAGACACACACAGAACCCUGAGAAUGAGACCAACACUGCAGCAAACUCCUACAACAUCAGUUCAGUGGCGCCCUCUGAUGGAGGCCAGUACUGGUGCAGAGCUGGCAGAGGAAACCCAGUCUACUACACAAACUACAGUGAUGCAAUCUGGUUAAACGUUACUGCUGGUGAUUCCUCCUCUCUUGGCCUUGUUGGUUUGGCUGUGGGACUGAGUUUGGUCGUGUUCUCCAUCUUACUGACCCUGCUGUGGUGCUACAAAACCAACAAAGAAUCUCUGUGUCGCUGUACUGGGAGUCAGUCAGACAUCAAUCAGACAUCAGAUCAGACCCAGAGAGAGUCAGGAGAAGCUGCCCACAUAUAUGACACAGCUGAGCGAGCAGACAGGAGCAGCACAGAUGAACCUGCAGAUGACCUCAGUGAUGUCACUUAUGCUCAGGUCAUGAAACACAACAAGAAAAGCAGGAAUAAAGACACUGGUGCUGGACCCAGUGAAGUCACUUAUGCUGAGAUCGAACUGAAACCAAAACAGAAAGCAAAGAAAAAAGAAGAGAAGAGCAGUGUGGGGGCAGACACUGUAUACUCAGAGCUGAGGCAGGACUCACACAAAGGUCAGAGCUCCAAGAUCUAUGGUUGUUGAGGAACAGCACAGACUGCUGGGAAACAGAGUUCAUCCUCCUGUGUUACUCACUCAA